GUAACAGACACAAAGGUAGCAGCAACACAACACCGCCUCACCUUUCCUAACCUGCACCGUGGUGUCGGAGCCACAGAAGGAAUCAGCUGGGAUGCAUUUGGAAUUUUGCUUCUUGCUUCUUCUUUCGGCUUCAUCCCAGACUGGAGGUCAAAGUGUGGCUUUGCCUCCCGCCGCCACCCCCUCUGCCUGGCUGCCUCCCGCUGGCACCUCGGGGGUUUCUGACCUGAUGAAAGGUCAUGUGGAUGACGUCCAACAUCAAAGACACGAUCGAGGAGAUGAUACCACAACCGUAGCAUACACUGAAAAGACUCUUUUGAGGACGAUUGUUCCUGUGAUAACAAGAUCUACAGAAAUUACGUCUCAACAUGCAGCAGGCUCUCUUUUCACAACAGCACAGCCUGAAACACAAGCAGCUGCUCCACACGGCAUUUCUCCCACAAACACAGCAGAGGGCAGAGCGGCCGUGACCAAACAUCCUGUCAGUACCUUUUCAUCCAAGAAUGCAAACACCUCCACCCAGCCUCAGUCAGUGACGUCAUGGAGAAGAACAACCACAGCAGGACCCCUGACCUCCCGUGCAGGCCGAGACCCCGCUGGGCCACAGCACCUGGAGGUCCCACCUGAACUUAAUGUAGGUGAUGAAGAGUUCAAAAGAUUUCAGUGGAGUUCCCACGCUUCUCUGGACCCCCUCCUUGCUGGUCUGCUCUCAGUCUUCAUCGUCACCACUGCAGUCGUCUUCAUCGUCCUCUUUCUGCGCUUCCGCCAGCGGACGAACCACCCGGAGUUCCAUCGCCUCCAGGAUCUUCCCAUGGAUGAUUUGAUGGAAGACACCCCCCUCUCCAGAUACGCUUACUGAGGUGCGGCCGUUCUCACUUCUCGGCAGGCAAUAACAAAUCCCAAAAGGUGGAAUGGUGUGGAUCUGUGCAGAGUCUUCGUCAAAUGAGUUCCUGAAAGUCAGUGAUGGAAGUGUGAACAGAGCCGGUUACAGACUGUAGGGGCGUUAUUAUUUCUUUUUCUUCACAUUCUAUUUACAUUUCCAUUGCAUUAUUAAAAAAAAAAAAAAAGGCACACAGCACUUUAAUGUGACGUUAAUUGUCGUCAUAUAGCCACCCAGGGCCGUUGCUAGGAAUUCUGGGCCCCCUGAAAGAGUACUGGUGUGGGUGUCAAACUGGUUUUCAUUGGGGGCCCACAUCGCAGUUAUGGCUGCCCUCAGAGUUGUAACAGUGAAUAAUAUAUACAGAACAUUUUUAAAUUGCUUCAUUACACAAUUAUUUAUUGUUAUAUAUUUUUACGUACACUGUAAGAAAAAUAUGUAGAUUUUAGAGUAAAAUUUAGCUGCCGAAAUUUUACCAUAAAAUGUACAAUGUUUUUUUUACAAUGUACACUGUAAAUGUAAAUGGGAAAACAGUACCACUGUUUUACUCUAAAACCUACAGUCGUUGUUUUUACGGCGUAUUACUGUAAAUGAAAAAAAAAACCAUAUCACACAUUUUUUGGUUAUGUGUUUUUACGGUAAAAUUCUACCAGUUUUUUUUACCGAAAAAUAAGUUUUACAUCGUACAAUUUGAUGGAUAAGUUGCUCCAAAAUCAUGAGUCAAGCAGAUAUUUAAGUACUUAUUUUGAUGUCUGGAAUGUGUGAUAAUAUAAUGUGUGUUGCAAUAUUAGAUUAGGUUUAAAAAAAUUAAAUUGCAAACAGUACAUGUAUUUUUUUCUGUCAAAGUAAAAAGUUGACUACAUUUAGAAACAAAUAGACGCAUGGUAUUUCCAGGCCCUUGCGGGCCACAUAAAAUGAGGUAUGGCCCCCGGGCCUUGAGUUUGACACGUGUGCUCUACCCCAUUCACUGGCCCCUUCAAUGUUCUUGUUUUUUUAGUGUUCUUGACGGUGCCUGGUGUAAUACACCCAAUACGUUUUCUUUUUAUGAUUAACCACUUAACAAGUCAGAGUAUCAUUAUGCAAAUUAUGUAUUUUUGGUUACCUUUUUUGUACUUAGGCUAUUAAAAUUCCCACUAAUAACACAUUUUACAAAACCACUUUGAACACAUCAUGAUGACAUAAUUGUUAAUUAUGAACAUCUGACAUAUACAUAUAUUAUCGUUCGUUAUUUUAGAUCAGGGGUCCCCAAACUUUUUGACUCCGGGGCCGCAUUGGGGUAAAACAAUUUGGCUGGGGGCCGCGCUAUAUAUAUAUAUAUUAUAUGUAAAUGUGUGUGUGUGUGUAUAUAUG